AUGACUGCUAGCACGUUGAAGGCCGUUACAUUGCGGCGAUCGUGCCAGGCCUGCGCCAGGAGCAAGCGGCGAUGCGACCAGCGUUGGCCUCGGUGUACUCGCUGCGAAGCGAAAGGUGUAAACUGUGAAUAUGUGAAUGAACCACUGACAGUUUCAAAUGGCGUCCAAAAAGCGCGAAGAAAGCCCACAAACCCCAGUAAUCGCACUCCAAGCACCCAAUCAUCUAUCCGCCCCUUUUUGCGAUUGGAGAUCGCCAAGGAGUAUGACGGAGCAGCCAUUCGAUUUUUGGUGAAUGGGUUGCGCGCAUUCCCCAACACUUUUGCCAAAAGCUGCAAGACAAUGUUCAUUCAUCCGGAUCUUUACGCAUCAGGCCUCCCAGCCUCAAUCCGCGAUAUGCAAGCACUUUGCAAAAUACAUUUCCAAGCAGAACAACAAAACCGUGCUGGUAUUCUUCUCCAACUUUUUCAUCAGCGAUCAGCCGAAUUGUAUCGCCGCUUCAACCAAUCAUUAUCAUUCUACGAGCUACUAGGCUGUUCCCAAGCUCUCCUUCUAGCGCAAUGCAUCGUCGCUCUAAAUGAAGGUGGUGAUCCAGAAAAGUACUCAGAGAAUAUAAGCAUCAUGCUCGACGGGAUCGCAGCACGAUUAUGGGAGCAGGCUCCCGUCCAACUUCCUCCGACAUUUAGUCGACGACACGCGUGGCUUUUGGCCGAGAGUGUUCGGCGCACUAUCAUUGUCAGCUUGAUGCUGAAGAGUGCGUAUUCACUGAACACAAGGAAUUAUUCUGUCCGGACGCCUUUCGUUGAUGCUUUGCCUUUUGAUGUGCGGACUGAGUUGUGGGAUGAUGACUCGAAUAAUAUUUGGGCGGUUGAAACGCCCGAGCCUCCGGAUACUAUGAUUUCUUUGCAUGCAUAUUCGAAUGCUUUGGAGAAUGGCCAUUUUCGGAAUGUUCCUCCGUUUGGCGAAUUGAUUUUGGCUGCUUGCAAAGGGAAAGAAGUUUCGUUGAUACCGUUUCCUCCAUCAGUUCCCUAUCAUGAGAGCUGA